AGCUGCGCUCGGAGCGGUCGAUCGCUCUCGCGCCCGCAGCCUGCGCUCCGCUCGCCGCUGGCUCCGCCCGCCAUUGUUGCAGACGCCUGCAGUGCGGUAUGGAGCGUGCCUUUACCCCGUUGGAGCCCCUGCUUCCCACCGGGAAGUUGAAAUACUGCCUUGUGGUUCUGAAUCAGCCUCUGGACAAAUGCGUUCGUCAUCUUUGGAGCAAAGCUCUCUUAAGAGCCUGUGCUGACGGGGGUGCUAACCGCCUGUACGACACCACGGAAGGAGACAGGGACAGCUUUUUGCCUGAAUUCAUCAGUGGAGACUUUGAUUCUGUUAGGCCUGAAGUUAAAGAAUAUUAUGCGGUUAAGGGAUGUGAGAUUAUUUCAACACCUGACCAAGACCACACUGACUUCACCAAGUGCCUUGAACUGCUCCUAAAAAAGAUUGAAGAAAAAGACCUACAGGUAGAUGUAAUUGUGACCUUGGGCGGUCUCGGUGGGCGUUUUGACCAGAUCAUGGCCUCUGUGAGCACCCUCUUCCAAGUGACGUGCAUCACUCCUGUGCCGAUUAUCAUAAUCCAAGAGGAAUCCCUCAUCUACCUGCUCCAGCCGGGAAAGCACAAGCUGCAUGUAGACACCGGAAUGGAAGGUGACUGGUGUGGCCUUAUUCCUGUCGGACAGCCUUGCAAUCAUGUCACCACAACAGGCCUCAAGUGGAACCUGACAAAUAAUGUGCUUGGUUUUGGAACACUGGUCAGUACCUCCAAUACCUACGAUGGAUCUGGUGUCGUGACCGUGGAAACGGACCAUCCACUCCUCUGGACCAUGGCCAUCAAAAACUGACCUGGCACCUGGUGUCCACAGCUGUGCCUCUGGUUCACCUCAUCUGCCACUGACUUCUUGCUCAACAAGAACAGCUCACCUCAGUUUACGGAAAUAGAAACCUCUCCGUGGGAAGCCCACUAGUUUUAAAGAUAUUGAUGUUUAGAUAAUCCAGAUAACACAAAUGGCAGAUCUCAGUUUUACAGGGAGGGAGGAAAAGUCAUUAUUUGUUAACAAAGUAAAUAAGCUCUAUGACAUCCAAUUGGAAAACUAAUGUGGAUCAUUAGUAACAUUUGGUACUGACUACUGUUAUAUAAUUAGUCAUUCCAUUUAUCCUAGAAAAUUGUUUUGAAUUAUGGAGCUGAGAAAGUUCUCUGCUGCGGGUUGUUGGUGUCCAACAGAUAAGCCUUCUUCUGCCCAUCCUUAGAUCCGUACACCAAAGGCUACUUCUGAGUGUCUAUUAAUGCUAGAUUCCUCUGUAUAAUAUGGGAAAGACUUGCCUUCCGAUUGGGAUGUUGGAAGUGCACCAUUUCACCCUGACCUCAUUACUGUCUUGGUAUUAUCUCUUAAAAAUAAAUCAAGAAGCAUCGACCUGAUAUUAAAUUUGAAAACAGGCAGUUACGUAAGCUCCAGAUGAAAGGUAAAUGACCGUUCCGAAAGCCCCACUGACACAGUCACCCCAGCUCAGCCCCGCAGUGAGCGUGCUACCCUUUAGCGGAGUGACAGCUGAAAACCACCCUCUUCAGAAUUACAGCCGGGCCUGCAAACGUGGUGCGGAGGACAUUUACGCACAAAAUCGGAAUUGUUUCCAACGUUACUCAGACUGAAAAAGCAGUCGCUCACAGACCCCAGGUGUAUGCAGAGGACCAGGAAAUGGGUUUGACAACCUAUGGGGAGAAGUGAACAGCGUGUCCGAAGGAUCCGGGUCGGAAAGCUUCUGUCCCCGUCCAGCCGUUCACCCAAGUUCCCUGACCCUGCUCCUUAGCCAGAAAGUGGAAGGGGCUGGACGGCUGGUGCCUGAGCUUCCUUCCCACAGUCCGAGUCGAGGCCCGCUACCAGGCAGACCGUGCACGGGGCUGCCGACUCCGCAGCUUAAACCACCUGGGGCCCUGGGGCCCGUCUCUAUUUCCAGCGAGAGCUGCUUCUCUCCUUACCCUUUGCUGAAUGAUUUACCAAAACACACGUCGCCAUACAAGCCGUGACACGUCUCCCCCCGCCCCUGCCAUGUUUUAUGUAUACACGUCCCCAUUCUGCUGCGAGGCGGCGGCAGCUCUUCCUCCCUGGCGUUAAGACAGAGCAGGAGUCAGAUUUGAAGCGGAGAAUAAAGGGGCACCAGCUGAACCCGCGUGCCAUUAUGGACAGUUUCCCCGAGAGGCCAUUUUUAGUUACGAUGCAAAUAUAUGAGACUGCAAUCCGAUGUCAAAUAAAAUUAUUUAGUUACCUGUGUA